GCUGCUUCCGUUAGCUGCCCAGGAUUCCUAAUCUCCCAUUCUGCGACCCCGAGGCUGCGUCGGGGACCCCAAUGUUUCUGUGCGUGUGGGGGGGCAGCGAGAGUAAAGAUAACCUUGGUGAGAAAGGAUGGAGUUGGGAAAAGGAAACUUGCUCAGGACUGGACUGAACAUAUUGAAUCAAGCCAUCCACCCAAGCCAUGGCCUUGCCUGGACCGAUGGGAGCCAAGUAGUCCUGACUGACUUGAAGCUUCACAGCGGAGAGGCCAGGUUUGGGGAAUCCAAAGUUCUUGGACAAUUUGAACAAGUCUGUGGGCUUUCCUGGGCCCCGCCAGGCCUAGCUGAUGUGCCCAGUCUCCUUGCUGUCCAGCAUAAGAAGCGUGUCACUGUGUGGCAGCUGGGUGUUAGCACUACAGGCGCCAACCAAUGGCCAAUGUCUCAGAUUUCGGAGAUUAAAGAAUCACUCCCUAUCCUUCCCCAGGGCUGUGUGUGGCACCCUAAAAACACUGUCUUGGUGGUGUUGACUGUACAGAAUAUCUCUGUUUUCCCUGACAUUCAUUUCCCUAAUGGUUCCCGGAUAAAAGUAGACAUCAACACCCAAGGCCGCAUUCACUGCGCAUGUUGGACCCCGGAUGGGCAGAGGCUGGUGGUGGCCGUAGGCAGCAGCCUUCAUUCUUACAUUUGGGACAGUUACCAGAAGACACUUGACAAGUGCUCCUUCUGCCCAGUGUUUGAUGUGGACAGCAGUGUGUGCUCCAUCAGAGCCACUGUGGACUCCCAGAUUGCUGUAACCACUGAGCUUCCACUAGAUAAGCUCUGUAGGCUGAAUGCAGCCGAAACCCUUGAUGUCCCCCACAAUGGGGAAGACUCGGGUCCACCCGUUCUUCCAGUUGUUGGUAAAGGGCCCUGUGCAGAUAAGGGAGCAACCGGUCCUGAAACAAAAUCAGAAAACUCAGUGUCUCCUAAUGAAAUCUCGGUUUCUCCUACCUUUUCUGAUCCCCUGGAUCUAACUCAUAUACGAUUCAACCGACCUACGUCUGAAAGGAGUCCCCUUAUUUAUCUCUCCAAAAAAGACUACCUGACAGGAACAGGCCAGGAUUCUUCCCAUUUGGUCCUUGUGACCUUUAAGAAGGCAGUUACUAUGACCAGGAAAGCCACCAUUCCAGGCAUUCUGGUUCCUGAUCUAAUAGCAUUUAAUCUUAAAGCACAUAUCAUAGCAGUGGCUUCCAAUACUUGUAAUAUAAUUUUGAUCUAUUCUGUCAUUCCAUCUUCUAUGGCAAACAUCCAGCAAAUUCAGUUAGAGAGUAAUGAAAGGCCAAAGGGCAUAUGUUUCUUGACAGACACAUUAUUACUAAUUUUGGUAGGAAAACAAAAGUCCACUGAUACUGCAUUUCUCCCUUCUUCAGAGUCCGAUCAGUUUUUCAUUCGCUUGAUUGUUAAACAAGUGGUGUUGGAAAAUGUGGGCAGAGAUGAAUCCUUAGUGGCAUCCAAUGAAAGCCGAAGUACCUACUCUGCUUUCAGUGCUCUGUUUAAUAAAGCACGUAGAGAAAUGUUAAGUAACAAUCUUUCCCCAGAUGUUUGUCACCAAAACAGGGAGCCCUUAUUCACAGCUGAUGCUAGUUACCAGAAGGCGAGGCCCGGAAGAACCCUUGGUAGAGAAAUCACCAGUCCCCCGCCCACUGUCUCCGAGGAUCCCAGUGCCCUGGAAACACUCCGUAAGUUCUCCUGGAUCUGGGCAACCUUGUCCAGACCCAGCAGAUUGUCCGACCACGCCAGCAUGCCAGCACCUCCCCAUGUGCCUCCAAAAGAGAACUUACAAAAGGAAAAGGAAACCCAUCAGCUCGCCAAGGAACUGGAGAUUUUAUCCAGGAAACUGACUGAAAUGCAGCAGUAUAUUUUUGAGCUCAUGGACUUUGUACAUGAAUACAUGAAUACCAAGAAGAAAUCCUCUCCAGUGUACCCGCUUUCCCAGGAUCCCCCUUACGUUUACAUCAUUUGCCAGAAGCCUUGUUUUGUUGGUCCUGCUGAAAAAAGAGCCGUGCUUCUCUGCAAUGGCAAGCUAAGACUCAGUGCGGUUCAGCAGCUGUUCGGUCUCUCCCUUGUCGAAAUGCUGCAUGAUUCCCACUGGAUUGUUCUCUGUGCUGACAGCGAAGGCUUCAUCCCAUUAACUUUCACAGCCACCCAGACAGUGGUCGUGAGAGAUGGUGGCCUGUCCAGGAUAAUAUGGCUGACACCUGUUUGCAGAGUGUUUACUUCAUAGUUCUUCAGAUGCAAACAUCACAAGCAAGCUUUGAACUUUGGGCCCUCCCUGGUGGGGUUUGCAUGGUUACUCAGGUGAGGCAUCUUUGUUAGAUGAUUCUAUAAAAGUGAUUGUUUAUUUGCUUAUAUAUUAAUGAGUGUGAUUUUGUUUAAGGGCAGAAUUCCCAGAACAAAA